UCGCUAGUAGUUAGAAGUUAAAUGCAGUUUAAAAUGACUUUUUUCUAAUAAAAAUGUAAUUUUAAUCUUCGUUUAUUUCUUAAGCCAGGCAAAUUGCCCUUUUAGUCCUUUUAGGCCCUUAAAUGCAAACGGUGUACGUCUCUAAUCAAAGUACUUUGUUAAGAGAAAGCCAAUUUGCAACUUAAUCAAUUUGUAAAUUAAAAACUAUUCUUGGACGUUCUUUUUUCGUCCUUUUAUCCUUUUCAAUCAGAGCAAUCACCUUCCUUUGCUCCCCCUCACACCCCUCAUCUUUGCCACUGCUUGCAACAACAAUUUAAAUUUUUUUAUUUAAAUUAAUUCCCCCCACAUUCCCACUCAUGAAUUUGUCAACAAAAUCAACAUUAUUAUACUAAUAUUUAUAAUCCCAUGCAUAAUUAAAUUGAUUUAAGAACCAUUUAUUUAUACCAAAACAAAUUAUCGACAUAAUAAAGAAUUUGUAGUUGUGGGGAUCGUCGAAAUAAAUAUACAAAGUGUUUUGACAUAUCAGUUUAGUUAUCCUUUGAUUGUCGAUUGGUUAACAAGGAAGAUGAUGGAACUAUCUUUGAUUAUAGAUAGAAAAAAUAAAGUGAAAAUUUUGGAACGUUUCGAUAAAACCGAAAAAGAUUUGGAAGAAGAUGUAGAGUUGAUACAGGAUUGGUUUAAAUCCCAGCCACAUUUACCAGAGAUUCCAAGCACUAACAUGAUAGAAUUCUUUUUGGUGAACAGCAAAUUUAGCAAAGAAAUCACCAAACAAAAACUGGACAUGUACUACACGGUUCGGUCAAUCUUUCCCGAUUUUUACCAGGGAUUAAACCCCAAAACAACCAGGAAUAAAAAUAAUUUCGAUUAUAAUUACUUCCUCGUUCUACCAAAGCUCGUAGACGAACUGUACAGGGUGACACUAAUAAAAUUAAAAGACAUCCCCUUUCAAGACGUAGACGUCGAAAGUUUGGUAGCCAAGGCUUUUCAGGUGAUAGAAAUCAGGAUACAAGAGGAUUUGAUGUUCAGCGAUAUUGUAAUCAUUGAUUGUGAAAAUUUGAAGAUGAGUUUCGCUAUGAAAUUCACUCCGAUGAUUGCCAAAAUAAUUAUCACUAUUUUAGAAAAAGUCUACAGCAACAGAAUUAGAGAAAUUAAUAUUAUUAAUUACCAUUCCAGUUUUGAUUACAUUUUAAAAUUAGCCAAAGUAUUUAUGAAACCCAAAAUGUUUGAUAGGAUUCGGUUUCACAAAAAUUUGGAUAGUUUAAAGAAGAAUAUUUCAUUAGAUGUUUUACCCAAAGACUAUGGUGGCGAUGGAUUAUCAAUUGAUGAGAUUCAAGUAAUGUGGAAACAAAAGUAUGUGGAAUACCAAAAUAGAUUUGACAAACUAGAUACCCUAAAAGUCGAUGAAACACUCAGGCCAGUUCCAAUGAAAGAUUUGGAAAUUUUCGGAAUGGAAGGGACAUUUAAAAAAUUGAAUAUAGACUGAAAUAUCUAAAUUAAUCUUGUGGAAAAUAAAAGGGUUAUCUUUUUUGUUUUACUGUAAGAAUUUAGUUUGUUUAAUAUUAUAAAUAAAUUUAG